UUCAUUCAUCUCCCCAUCUCCGACGACUCCAUCCUCCACAGGUCACAAAGAGAGAGAAAGCGCUAAACCCAAACCGGUCUCGACCUCGUCGGCGCCGCCGCGGCGAGGCGUCACGUCAGGGACCAGGAGAUGGCGGGGAGCAGGGCGGCGGGGCGGGGAGGGAGGCCGCUGCUGGGGGGAGGGGGCGGGAAACGCGGCGGCGGCGGCGGCGGCGGUGGUGGUGGAGGGGGGAAGUCGUCGUCGUACACGACGACGGUGAUCCUGGCGGCGCUGCUGCUGGCGUCGGUGGCGCUGCUCCUCCUCGUGGCGCUCGGCGCGCUCUCGCUGCCCUCGGGCGGCGGCGUCGGCGUCGGCCACGCCGGCAUCGGCCUCCCCCGCCCGCGCCCGCGCUUCCGCAGAUCCGCCGCGUUCGAGUCGGGGCUGGAGAUGCGCGGGGGCGAGAAGGGGGAGCCGUGGACGGAGGUGCUGUCGUGGGAGCCCCGGGCGUUCUUGUAUCACAAUUUCCUCUCGAAGGAAGAAUGUGAGUAUCUGAUUUCAUUGGCAAAGCCUCACAUGAAGAAAUCUACUGUUGUUGAUGCAUCAACUGGAGGGAGUAAAGAUAGCAGGGUUCGAACGAGUUCAGGAAUGUUCCUUGGAAGAGGGCAGGACAAAAUUAUCCGUACGAUCGAGAAAAGGAUAUCAGACUACACCUUCAUACCUGUAGAGAACGGAGAGGGUCUUCAAGUCCUCCACUAUGAAGUUGGACAGAAGUAUGAACCUCACUUCGAUUACUUCCAUGAUGAAUUCAACACCAAAAACGGGGGGCAGCGUAUAGCAACUCUUCUUAUGUAUCUUUCUGAUGUUGAAGAGGGUGGUGAGACUAUUUUCCCCUCUUCUAAAGCUAACAGCAGCUCAUCACCAUUUUAUAAUGAGCUGUCUGAAUGUGCUAAGAAGGGUUUGGCUGUCAAACCCAAGAUGGGAGAUGCUUUGCUUUUCUGGAGCAUGAGGCCUGAUGGGUCUUUGGAUGCCACAAGCCUUCAUGGUGGAUGUCCAGUGAUAAAAGGUAACAAAUGGUCAUCGACAAAGUGGAUGCGUGUUCAUGAGUACAAGAUAUAGACAUCAGAAACUAGAGAUUCAGAGGUUACUCACGAAUUCAAAUUUGUCGAUGUUGUUGCUUAAAGAAAGAAAAGAAAAGCGGUCAUUUUUGGCGCAUGUUGAGGACUUCAAUUUUUCCAUAGAGAAGCAUUACAAUUUUUUUUAGCUGUAACCAACAUGUUGUACACUAACUUCUUAGGCUUAUGAACAAUGAUCAUCGCUUUGCUUAUGAACAAUGAUCGUUUCAAAGCGAUGGAUGUGUCGAAUGUAUAAAUAAUAAUUGCCCUCCUAAAGUCGUAAUGAAAUUCAUGAUAUAAUGCCUGAUGGACU